AUGUCCGUUUCCACAGCUAUUUCAGAGAAUGCUUGUUUAUUUAUUUACUUUGCUAGAGAAAGGUAUUUCAAUCCAGUUCUACAUAAUUUCAUUCCAGCGUCGGAAAAGGACUUGGAACUGGAACCCAGGCCACCCGUGACCGUAAAAAAGACACGUCUUGAAGACGUCUUUGAUGUCCAUGAAGAAGUCGGAAAGGGAAAGUUUGGUGUGGUAAAGAAAGUAACAGAGCGCUCCUCCAAGAAGGUGUUUGCUGCCAAGUACAUCCGGCUCGGCUCCAGUGGCAGCGGUUCUUCGCGAGAAGAUAUCAUGCGCGAAAUCAACAUCAUGAACCAGCUACACCACAAGAGGCUUGUGGGAUUGGUCGAUGCAUUCGACAUGUCCAGGAACAUUGUUAUGAUCAUGGAGUUUGUGUCAGGGGGAGAGUUAUUUGAACGUGUUGCGGAUGCCGAUUGCUUGACGGAAAAGGAAGCUUCUUUUUACAUGUACCAACUGCUUCAGGGCCUUCAGUACAUGCACAUGAAGAACAUUGUACAUCUUGAUCUUAAGGUAAAUAAAACCUUUCAUAAAGCUGAUCAUAAAAAGUUCUGUUUCUCCCCGUCGACAAUUUGUCGUGUCCUAAUUAAAGUGUAAUUAAGGGCAAGAUGUAUAACUAUUGAAAUCAGUAAUGAAAAAUAACACCUUUGUUUAAUAAAUUAUAACUAACCUUGUCAAAGCUCUAACCCCGAUACCCUGGGUACCAGAGGCUUUUCAUGCGCGGUUUCCAGUUAUGACCAAAUCUUUAUUUUCCACUUUAGAAACGAGAAAAAAAAACUGUCAUCUUGUAGGGGCUUAUGGGACCGUUACUGGGGACAAAGACAAGACGUCUUCUUGUUCCCAUGAAGACUGUGAGAUGAGACUUGCCCCAGAUUCCUUUUCGUUUCUUAAGUGGCGAAUUGUGACUCAUUCGAAUAGUUUUCUCUCACGACUUUGCGACUCGUAAUGUCUGUCUUCGGCCGACACGAAACAUCGAGGAAAAAAACUUCUGGACCCAUGGUAGAACCCGGACUUCUCGCAGUCUCAGGGGUGGUGUGGAGUAGGAAGGAAAGAGACAGCCCAAAAAGAGCAUUGGCUUACCUUUACCUGAAACAGUGAUAGCUAGUCUGACCGGGUCACGGGAGAGAUCGGCAUAUAA